AUGCUCCGCGGCCAACGCCUGCCGUGGCGAAUAGCUCUUCAGCACUCGUCGCGUCCAGUAUGUAGGGAGUGUCUGCGCCAGUUUAGUCGGCAGAGUUCUAUUAUCGCUCAACAGCGAUCUACAGCAGCGUCCAGCGCCGCCAUUUCAUCUGCCCAUCGAUUACAAAUCCGCCAAUUCUCCUCCCAGCCGGCGCGGCGGAAAGAGAAGACAGACGAUGACGCGCCAGUUGGUCCAGAGGCGGACAUCGAAGAGAAGGCUGAGGAGACACAGAAAGAGGUAGCUGAAGCUCCUACGGGUGAAGACGCCACCGAAGCCAAGAAGUCGCCAUCGGAACCGGAGCCUAUACCGCAACCUGACGGCAAAGCGUCGACGGGCGGAUCAGGUCCGGACGGCUCGAAUGGCGCGGGAUCAGGCAGUGGGAGCGAUCAAGGCGGCAAACGAGGUCGGAGAGCAACGCAAAUAUCCAAGCCAACCGUCCCAGAAGUAUAUCCUCAGGUAAUGGCGAUCCCUAUAGCAAAGAGGCCGCUUUUCCCGGGAUUCUACAAGGCCGUCACCAUCAAAGAUGCCAAUGUGGUAGCAGCCAUCCACGAGAUGCUCAGGAGAGGGCAGCCCUAUGUAGGCGCAUUCCUGUUCAAGGACGAAGCUAUGGACAAGGACAUCAUCGAGCAGCCAGAAGAUGUCUACGACGUCGGGGUCUUUGCUCAAAUCACGAGCGUCAUACCUCAACCAGGAGAUGAGAACACAGUCACCGCUGUCCUGUACCCCCACCGCAGGAUAAAAAUGACCAGUCUACUGCCACCUGGCUCGACCGACGCAGCCACUCCUGCCCCAACAAUCACGAUAGACGUCCUACCGGCAGGGGAAGAGAAGACCGCAGAGGAGAAGCCUCAAACAGACGGCACGACAGAGAACAAAGGAGACGUUGUAGCCAGCUUCGAGGAGCCGAAUAAGCAAGAACAGACCGAUGUUGCAGUAUACGAACCUACUGCAUUCCUACGAAAGUUCCCCGUUUCGCUGGUCAAUGUCAAGAAUAUGCCAGAAGUCCCUUAUGACAAGAAGAGCGCCAACGUCAAAGCUCUAGCAUCUGAGCUCGUUAAUGUUUUCCGCGAGAUCGCAUCUAUCAACCCAAUGUUCAAGGAUCAAAUAUCCGACUUCAGCAUGUCAUAUCCAGGCAAUGUGACGGAAGAGCCCUCUAAGCUGGCCGACUUUGCUGCUGCCGUCUCCACCGGCGACAUCGAGGAGCUUCAAGACAUUCUCCAGACCAUGGAUCUGGAGCAGAGGCUGCACAAAUCCUUCACAGUACUCAAGAACGAGCUCAUGAACGCCAAGCUGCAGUCAAAGAUCACCAAAGACGUCGAGAACAAGAUCCAGAAGCGUCAGCGAGAAUACUGGCUGAUGGAGCAGAUGAAGGGUAUCAAGCGCGAGCUGGGACUUGAGUCCGAUGGCAAGGACAAGCUAGUGGAGAAGUUCAAGGAAAAGCAAUCAAAGCUUGCAAUGCCAGACGCGGUCAGUAAGGUCUUCGACGAGGAGCUGAAUAAGCUUCAGCAUCUCGAGCCAGCCGCUUCCGAGUUCAAUGUGACCAGAAAUUAUCUCGACUGGCUUACGCAGAUACCUUGGGGUCAGAGGAGCGCUGAGAACUUCGGCAUCAAGAACGCCAUGACUGUGCUCGACGAAGAUCACUAUGGUCUCAAGGAUGUCAAGGAUCGUAUCCUGGAGUUUAUCGCGGUUGGCAAGCUUCGUGGUACAGUUGAAGGCAAAAUCCUUUGCUUCGUCGGACCUCCUGGUGUCGGCAAGACGUCGAUUGGCAAGUCAAUUGCCCGAGCGCUGAACAGGCAGUACUACCGCUUCAGUGUUGGUGGACUGACUGAUGUUGCUGAAAUCAAGGGUCACAGGCGAACAUACGUUGGUGCUUUGCCCGGUCGCGUCAUUCAAGCCUUGAAGAAAUGUCAGACCGAGAAUCCUCUCAUCCUUAUCGAUGAGGUGGACAAGAUCGGCCGAGGCCAUCAAGGUGAUCCUUCUUCUGCUCUGUUGGAGCUCCUAGAUCCGGAACAGAACUCGAGCUUCCUCGACCACUACAUGGAUGUGCCUGUGGAUUUGUCGAAGGUGCUCUUCGUGUGCACAGCCAACAUGACUGAUACUAUCCCUCGACCACUUCUGGACCGCAUGGAAGUGAUUGAGCUGUCCGGCUACGUGGCAGACGAGAAGAAGGCGAUUGCUGAUCGCUACCUUGCUCCACAAGCCAAAGAACUGUCUGGCCUCAAGACUGUGGAUGUCACCCUCGACGAAUCUGCCAUUGAGACAUUAAUCAACAAGUACUGCCGCGAGUCUGGUGUUCGCAACCUGAAGAAGCAGAUCGAAAAAGUCUACCGCAAAUCCGCCCUCAAGAUCAUUCAGGAUCUCGGCGAAGAUGCUCUACCCGAAUCCGAAGCACUCACGGAGGCCGGCAAAACAGCCAUGGCUGAGUCGGUCAAGAACGAGACCGAGUCUUCUGAUCCGAAGGACACUCCAGAGAACAUCGCCGCCGAAACCACGGAAGAGCCGCGCAAGCCCAUGCAGCUGCAAGUUCCCGACUCAGUCCACGUCAAGAUCACUAGCGACAACCUUGCAGACUACGUCGGUCCUCCGAUCUUCAAGUCCGACCGCCUCUACGAGACCACGCCUCCGGGCGUCGUCAUGGGCCUGGCCUGGACUUCGAUGGGUGGCACUGCCCUCUACGUCGAAUCAAUCCUCGAAUCUGCACUCAACGCCAACUCCCGGUCUGGCUUCGAGCGCACCGGCAACCUGAAGCCUGUGAUGAAAGAGUCUAGUACCAUCGCAUACUCGUUCGCCAAAUCUGUCCUCGCUACUAAGUUCCCCGAGAAUAAAUUCUUCGAUCACGCGAAGAUCCAUCUUCACUGCCCCGAAGGAGCGGUACCGAAAGAUGGACCCAGUGCCGGCAUCACUAUGUCGACAGCGCUGCUGAGCUUAGCAAUGGGCAAGGAGGUCAGCCCGAAGCUUGCCAUGACAGGCGAGCUCACCGUGACUGGUAAGGUCCUGCGAAUAGGAGGUCUCAGAGAGAAGACCGUCGCUGCACGAAGAGCCGGCUGUGAGACCAUAUUGUUCCCCAAGGAGAACCAAGGUGAUUGGGACGAGUUGCCAGCCAACAUCAAAGAAGGCCUCACGGGACACGCAGUCGACUGGUACCACGAAGUCUUUGAUAUUGUCUUCCCUGACCUGGAUGCGAAGAAAGUCAACACUGUGUGGAAAGAGCAGUUGAAAGAGACGGAAAAGAAGGGCAAGAAAGAGAAGAAGCCGAAGAAGGCCAAAGAGGAGGAGGAGUCUGAGGACGACUCGGACGAUGAUGAUUGA